AUGCCCGCCAUCCUUGACAAGAUCGCCGACGCCCUCCACCUCCACAAGAAGGAGGGCGAGCACCCCGCCCCCGCCGAGUCCAGCAAGAAGCAGGUCUUUGACCACAACAAGGUCACCGUCAUCUUCGUCCUCGGCGGCCCUGGCGCCGGAAAGGGCACCCAGUGCGCGAACCUCGUCCAGGACUUUGGCUUCUGCCACCUCUCAGCGGGCGACCUCCUCCGCGCGGAGCAGAACCGCGAGGGCUCCGAGUACGGCGAGAUGAUCCGCAAGUACAUCCGUGAGGGCCAGAUCGUGCCGAUGGAGGUCACCAUCAAGCUCCUCGAGAAUGCGAUGACCGCCGCCGUCGCCGAGCAGCGCCCCGGCGACGGCUGGGCGGACGGCAGGGGCCGCUUCCUCAUCGACGGCUUCCCGCGCAAGAUGGACCAGGCGGUCAAGUUCGACGAGGACGUCUGCCAAUCUGCGAUGGUCCUCUUCUUCACCACCACCGAGGAGGAGAUGCUCAAGCGCCUGCUUGAGCGUGGCAAGACGAGCGGGCGCGAGGACGACAACGAGGAGAGCAUCAAGAAGCGUUUCCGUGUCUACAAGGAGCAGACCAUGCCUGUGAUCGAGCACUACAGCAAGGUCGGCAAGGUCGGCACCAUCGACGCGACUGCGACUAUCAACGAGGUGCACGAGAAGGCAAAGGGGGUAGUCACCAAACUUUUCGCGGGCGAGGUCGGACACAACAUCACCGCAUAG